CAACGACUCGUCGAGAAAUUGCUAUUUGAUUUGUCGUUCCUUGAAUUAUGCCCAUUAUUUUACCCUCUCCUUCAGGCAAUCGAAAACCCUAAAUCUCUCUCUCCUCACCUUCUUCAGUCAGUCCGUCGCCGGUCUUUCUCCGUCCGCCGUAGCCUCAUCGCCGGUGGUUGCAGCUCUCCCAUCUUCUUGUUCUUCAGCCGGUCACCCGUCGGUGGUGUUCUGGAGGAUAACACUCUUAUUGCUGGUCAAGAAUUGCUCAAUAACAGGUUGCUGGAAUUGAUCUCCAAGUACAGAAGGGACUGCACUCUUGGCCGCCAUUAAGUUUGCUAUUAGCCAUAACUGGAGCAAAGGAGGAUAGUGCCAUGAAAGGAGGAAGGAAGAAUUUGAAAAGGGCAACUGAGGAAGAGAGUUUAACUCUUGAAGAAGGUCACAACAUCAUGCAAGUUUUGUCCCUUAGAGGUUCCAAUCUCAUUGAGGUAAUGGAUGCGCAAGGCAAGAAAUCAUUGGCAUUGUUUCCAGCUAAGUUUCAAAAGAGCAUGUGGAUAAAGCGAGGUAGUUUUGUUGUUGUUGACGAUAGUGGGAAGGAGAAGGCUAUUGAAUCUGGAAGCAAGGUGACAUGUAUUGUUUCGAAAGUUUUAUUCUACGAACAACUCCGCGCGCUUCAGAAAUCACCAGAAUGGCCAGAAGUCUUCAAAUCGACAGUUCUGGACGAUUCUAAUGGAAGCAUGGAGAGAGAGACAUCCCAACAAGAAGGUGAAUCAAGUGACAACGAUGGACUUCCUCCGCUCGAAGCCAAUACAAACAGAAUCAGACCAUAUGAAUUAUGUGCCGAGUCAGAUUCCGGUUCUGAUUCCGAUUCAGAUUCUUGAGCGAUUCCAAAGAAGUUUCAUGCUUUCCUCUUCAACUCUAAUUAUUAUCCACAUUUGUGGAUACAGUUUUAUUAGAACGAUGUAAACUUAAAACUAAAUGCACCUUCUUUUAUCAAUAUAUAAUAUAUUCGUGCAA